AUGUGGAAUGCAGGUGAUGUCCUGAGGCACCUGCAGGGGCAUCGCUGCUCUGAGAGCUGUGACAGUGUUGGACCAGGAUGGAAUGAGAUGCUGCUCCUUACCCUCUCCUGUUUAGCUUCCCUGACCAGCAGUGUCCAGGCAGGUUUUGUUUCUCAGCAUUCUCAGCACAGAAGAGAUGCAGGAUAUUCAGAUGUGGGGUGUGGCCUCCGACCAUCCUACGAGUCCUUCCAGAAGACUGGCAAGAGGACUGGCACAGGGACAGACAUCAAGCCUGGGGAAUUCCCGUGGCUCGUGAGCAUCCAGAGCCACGGGAAGCACAUCUGUGGAGGCACCAUCAUCAGUGCACUGUGGAUUUUAACUGCAGCCCACUGCUUUGUAAAGGAGCUGCCACCAGAUCUGACGGUGGCAGUGGGGGGAGUCGACCUCAACCUCCCCCUGGAAGAGCACAACCCUGACAGCCUGAUCCUGCACGAGGAAUUCAACAGAACCAGCCUGCAAAAUGACAUUGCCCUGAUCCUGCUCAGCAAUCCCAUCGAGUUCAGCAAGGAGAAAAUCCCAGCCUGCCUGCCCUAUGCGUGUGACAUGGACACGUGGCAGCACUGCUGGGCUGCUGGCUGGGAGAACACAAGCACAGCAUUCCAUGUGCUGCAGAAAACACAGAUGAAGCUGAUCAGCAAGGAGAAAUGCCUGGAGCAGAUCCCACACCUCGUGGGGAGUGUGAUGUGUGCUGAGACAGAGCGAGGAGGAGGAGGAGGAGGAGGAGGAGGAAGAGGCUGCCAGGUGGACAGCGGGGGACCCCUGGUCUGCAGCUACUGGAGCACCAUGAAGUGGUUCCAGGUCGGCAUCAUCAGUGGAGGAAAGCCAGACCACAGGGUUUUAACACCAGUUUGCAGCUACCAGGAGUGGAUUGAGAAGGAAACAGCCAUAAGGGGAAAACCUUUCUUCACUGAGGGUGUGGACUCUGGAGCACAUCUCAGGGUCGCUCGUUCCAGGGCUGGACCACGGGUGGAGUUUCUGGAGUAUUGUCUCCUUUUAUUCAUCUUUUUAAUAGCAACUAAAUUACCCUGA